GCUAAUGGCCGCCGAUCUCUAAUCACGAACAGCUGAUGUGCGUUGAUCUGGUUUUCUAAAUAUAUUUGUAUUUUGUUUAAUUUAUCGUGUAAAAAUACUUAAAUGAUACGCAAUACAUCUUGCUAUUUUGUGUGGAUUACAGGAUGUCACUGACCAUUCAACAAAUUAUUUUGGACGCAAAAAGACUUGCAGGCCGCCUCAAAGAUCGUGAAACCGAAGCGGAUGCACUUUUGACUGAAACUCAAACAGCUUAUCGACAAAUCCAUACAAUGAAACAGUACAAAGAUGAAGUGGAUACUCUGAAUGAAGCAUCUCGGGAAAGACCUAGAGGAGCUUUGAUAGCUAACAUAGAAAGAGAGUCGCGUCUCAUGAGAGAUGUUCAGAGGGAGAAUGGUGAACUUCGAGCUGCUCUAGAGGAUCACAGACGGGCACUUGAACUCAUAAUGUCAAAAUACAGACAACACACAGAGAAGAGAAUAUGGGAAUCUCGGAUAGACUUCACAGCUGCUAUCAAUGAGAAACAACAAGAGUUGAUUCGUCAACAAGCUGAAAGGAUCAAUGAGAUGACAAGUGUUAUGUACAAGGCAGUAAAUAUGGAUGAAAAUGGGGAUUCUCGAAAAGAAGAAGAACUCUACCAAAGGCUUAUUACAGAAAACAAGGGUCUACGCGAGAUGCUGGACCUGUCGAAGCAGUACGGGUCGGAGCGGGCGUGGUCGCCGCCCACGCAGGACAAGGACGUGCAGACUGACGCGUGACCGGCCGCCGCGCAUCGCCGCUGCUAGGAGCUGCCACCCGCCAGCUGCCAGCUGCCGACAUAUUCAGACAGCGCAGAAGUAAUCGCUAUUAUACAGACUACAGUCCGUUUUUUCUGACGAGUCCUAAUAUGGUAAACAAUCUUGACCGUACUUAUUGUUGAAAAUAAUUAAAAUAUUAGUUCCAACCUGACGACCUCCGUGGCGUAGUGGUCACCAAGCCCGUCCGCUAUCUGGAGGUCCUGGGUUUGAUUCCCAGUGCGGGAAAAUAUUUGUAUAUGUGAUCACAUAUGUCUGCAGUUCUGGGUGUGUCAUGCCCGUUUCUGUGUUUGUGUCCAUUGGACUCGCGUUACAAGUUAUUUUAACCUAUCCGUUCUAAAGUGAUACAUUUAUUAAUUACCAAAGUAAUUUCCAUUUUAUUUUAUAUUGCCGUAAAAUUAUAAAAAAUAAUGGUGAGAUUGUUUACAUAAUAAUAUUUGUUAGAAGAAACGAACUGUAUAUUUGCUAGCUUUCUUGUUCAUCAGUAUUCAGGCCCAACGAUUUUAUGACAUGACUAAUGGAUUAAAUUGUAAUUGUACAAUGGAACAGCCAGAACAGCUUUGCAAUGCCAUUAAUCCCUUUGAACUACAAUUUGUUUGUAUAUUACUGCUGUGGCUGAAAUUAUUAAAUACACAAUUAUAUUGGCUUAAGGAAAAUGUACCUUUUUUUUCUAGCAAAUUUCAAGUCUGUAUAAUUGAAUUCCUCUGUGCAAGUCACCCCUAUUCCGACUCCGCCUUACACAUGGGGUCGACAGUGAUCUGAUAAACCACUUUGUAUGUUAAUCACACAUUUUGGAUGUUAGGUCUUUUGACAGAUAUAUCUUUCAUAUUUCACCAAAAUUGGAAACUAUAAUACAGCGAAUAACUGCAAAUAUAGUUGUUCACAAAAUAUUUUUUGUUUUUAUUGGUUGUAUUUGAUGUUGAACAUUGAUAUGUAUUUACUGAAGUGUUUCAUGUUACUAGAACAGCACUCUUACCAUAAUGUCAUUGCAGAGUGAAAACAAAUUGCUGUGUGACUAUAACUGUGAUCUUUAGUGUUGCUGUUAAGUUAUAAAAGCUACGCUUUUUUAUUACUAUACUUAUCACAAUACGACACAAUACAAUAAAAAUAUUUGCCAAUUUAUUAAUUUAUAAUAUUUUAUGCAUUAAAUUUUGACAGUAUCGAUAUUAUAUCACGUAAAUAUUUUUUACUUCGUACAUAGGCUUAUGAAUCAUCUUUACUUUAAUGAUAAAUUAUAAUACUCGAUAAUGUAUUACAUGUAUCCUAGAAAAUUUACUUCUUUAGAUUACUCGAAUGUUUAGACUAAAAAUUUAUUUUGUAACACCAAUACUUUCUGGGACCCAAUACUUAAUUGUCAUAGUUAAAAAACUGUACUAGUUUCACCUUGUUUUGUGUCACCGUGUUGUGUCAUCUCAAUACGCGAAAUACGCACUAGUCAAUUUACAAUACAACAAAGUUUUUUGAAUGUAGCAGUUUCUAUGUUUAAUACUUUAUCAUUAUGUCGUAAAGAGUAGUAAUAAAUGAUAGUUAAAUAUUCACAGUGAUUCAUUCAGAGCAAUGGCUCUGGAAAUGAAUGUUCCAUAUAAACUUAUGAAAUAUUUUUUCAUGCGAUCCAGGAGAUUAGCUUUUAAUGUUAGAUACAAAUAAAAUAUUAUGUAUGAUAGAUAUCAUGUAGGAAAUCUUUGUAGUAAAUUUCGUAAAAAUAUGCUUAACAUGCCAAGGGUGUGCAAGCAAUAUACCAUGAACAGUUACUUGUAAGUUAUCUAUUGUUAAAAAGUUUAAUAAUAAAAUGUUCGGCGUAUUAGGAACUUCUUUAAAAACCGUCCUUGUCUUAUUUGGCGUUGAUAUGGACAUGGGAAACGCUAAAUCCAUUUGUUUGUGUAUAAGUGCACCACUCAUUUAUAACCAAAUUAUACUGUAAUAUUAGGAAGAGGGAAAGGCAAUUAUGUUAUUGUAAACAUUUUCUGAUUAAAAAAAAUUAAAAGACAUGAUUUUUUAAUAAUAACAUUAAAAUAUAAUUCGAAUAUAUCUUAGAUUUUACUUUGGAGUUAGGAUAAAUAUUUUACUUAUUUGCUUUAGAUUAAAUUUUGUGUAUCGUGUGACCUACCCAUUAGAAAACAAUAGACGACUUUAAGAGAAACAGUAAAACAUGCACAAAUAUACAAUAGGAGUAGCAAAUACAUAAGUUAUUGUUUGGUUUAUCACAUUUAGUGAUAAUAAUAUUGAAGCAAUCUAUUAGUGAAGUUGUGAAUUGAAAUUUAAAAAUUGUUGGAAUCUUAUUGUAUUAUUAAGUCUGUUUAAUUUAUUAGUAUUGUAAUUUAUAUUUACUACUUAUGGCUCCCAAAAUUUAAGUAUAUCCAACGUAAGAUAUUUACCUCAGUACAUAAUAAUAGUGCUUGUGUGAGGUAUUAAACUUAACUAUUGUAGUAAUUGGAUUAGAUUAAUGGCUACCUUGGAGAGUAAUGCAUUUAUUAUAUCAAAACAUUACAGUGCACUCUAAGUGUGUAAUGUACAAAAUUUUUUUUUUGUAGUGAGUGUUCUCUGAGAAACAAUGUAAACCACCCAGUAAGAAGUUUUGUUUCUAUUUCAUUUUCUUAAUAUCAAGAUUUUAGGUCUUUUAAAUCAAUAUUAGAUUUGUUUGGGUGAUGAUCUUAAAAUGUAAUAAUCAUAUGUUUUGAGACAUUAAAAUUCUGCAAUAUUGAUAUGCAAAUACAACUAGCCCAUAUUUUUUUUAUAUUCAUAGGACUGUUGAAUUUAGUUUGUAUAGAAAGCAAUGCUAGUAAAUAUUGAAUAGUUUUUUCUGCUGUAGAAUGACACAAGUAGCAAAUGUAUGUUUAAAAUGUAAUAAUUGAUUAAAAUAUAUGCAGUACAUUAUAAAAUA